CAGAGCAAAGGUCAGAAGUUCGAAUCUCCUUACGGGAAAGCUGUCUGCUCCUAUAUAAAUACUAGGUCCUGUGGUAGAACGAAAAUUGUCAUUUAAAAAAGCGAAAAGAAAAGUAAAACCUUUUCUCGUCCUAAAGACCAAAAGCUGACACUGUGCGUUGAUCUCUAAUCAGUUCAUAGAUGUCGCUAUGAAUUGAAGUAUAUGUUGUAGAUCUAGGGUUCGGAGAAUGGGGCAUUUGGCGAUGUCGGAGCAGAAGUUUUCCGUGGAGAUGGCGAAGGACGCCCAUGGCCUCGACAAAGUUGUAUUGAACGAGCCCCGUGGAGCUUCUGCGCAGGUACAUCUUUUUGGAGGCCAAGUGACAUCUUGGAAGAAUGAAAGGAAAGAGGAACUGUUGUUCAUGAGUAGUAAGGCCAUAUUCAAACCACCCAAAGCUAUAAGAGGAGGGAUUCCAAUUUGCUUUCCCCAGUUUGGCAGCUGUGGGUCACUGGAGCAACAUGGUUUUGCAAGGAAUAGGGUCUGGAGUAUUGACAACAACCCUCCACCUUUACCUGGAAGUUCUGUUGAGAACCGUGCUGUACUUGAUCUAAUUUUAAAGCCUACAGAGGAGGAUUUGAAGAUAUGGCCGCACAGUUUCGAGUUCAGACUUCGUGUGACUUUGGCUCCUGGUGGAGACCUUACAUUGAUUUCUCGCAUAAGGAAUACUGACACCAAGCCUUUCACUUUCACAUUUGCUUAUCAUACAUACUUUUCUGUUUCUGACAUAAGUGAAGUGCGAGUAGAGGGAGUGGAAACAUUAGAUUAUCUGGACAAUUUACAUGAUAAACAACGCUUUACUGAGCAAGGUGAUGCAAUCACCUUUGAAUCUGAGGUGGAUAAAAUCUAUCUUAGCACCCCAACAAAAAUUGCAAUUCUUGACCAUGAAAAGAAGAGGACAUAUGUGCUGAGGAAGGAUGGCCUUCCUGAUGCAGUUGUGUGGAAUCCUUGGGAGAGGAAAGCUAAAUCUAUGACAGAUUUUGGGGAUGAUGAAUACAAACAUAUGCUAUGUGUUGAAGCUGCAGCUGUAGAAAAGCCUAUUACCCUCAAACCAGGUGAAGAGUGGAAAGGUCGUCAGGAGUUGUCUACUGUACCAUCAAGUUACUGCAGUGGUCAAUUAGAUCCCUCAAGAGUUUUACAGGGUUGAAGAAAAGUAUGGGCAUGUCACAACAUACUCAAAGCUAUCACCUGUUGUAUUUGUACUUAAUGAAGACAGCUGAAGGUAUUCCAUCUUAAUUGUACUAAAUAAUGAUAAUUGUGUCACAAAAUAGCUGAAGGCUUGCUUUAUACACUGUACUGAAUAAUUUUAUUCAAUUGGGUUUCACAAUGUAAUAUGUAGUUGCAUAUUCAAUGAACAUGGAUAGUGGAUGGUAAGAAUGUCGUACGUGAUUGGUUCUAAUUUUUUAAUUAAAAUUUAAUAUUAUUUUAGUACA